AUGUCGAAUGUGUCGGAGCAAGCUGUCGGUUCGCUAACCGCAAACACCACCCAGACUUCUCCGACCGUUUCAUCUUCUGACGGCUUCGAGUUUGCUUCACCGGGAAGAAGGUACACGGACUGGGAUGAUGACAACGGAGACCCUAGAUCGCAAUGCGGAGUCAUGAUUGCUGCUGGAUAUACUGAGCGUUCGGGACCGAGACCGUUCCCGUGUCCAAUCAGAAGCUGCGAGACAAAGUGUAUAAAGGUGAAGGAUCUGGGUUUUCAUUUCUCGCGCUCCCAUUAUGCAAGUUAUCUCAAAGACAACGGAGAUGGGAGCUUUGAUCUCGUUGGUGCAUAUGCCCCCAAGCGAGGCAACAUUGGCCCAAGCGGCAAUAUCCUUCACCCGCGCCCCUCGGUUGUUGUCGCCAAAACGCGGCCCGAUGGGUCGGUUGAGUGGGCGGCGAACUGGUGGGUCUUGCGGCAUCAUAUGUUGCCUGCUACUGCUGCUGCCGAUGUGCCCGUGGGCGAUGAAGCACUGGCUAAUCGGAGUUGGCCGCCAAAAAGCAUUUGGGAUCAUAUGGAGGCGGAAGAGAAAACUAGUCAGGGGGCGGUGGCAGAAGAGGACGCCGGUCGGAUGGCGGCGGAGCAGCAGAGGGCAACGGAACAGCAGAGCCCGGCGGAACCAAUGGCCAAUGUGAUGGCAGCAAGGCCACUUAGAAGAAUACCGGGAACCAACCAGGUUCAUAUGAAUGUUUGGCUCCCGGGGGUUAAGACGCCCGGGGUUAUGAGGAAGGAACAACAACAACUAUAUCGUAUGCACACACUGAGAUGGUCGGAUGUGCAUCAAAGGCCCGUGCCACGGCGUCGAAAGUCUCCACAAGCUGCGCAGGCUACAGCCCAGGCUCAGCAGGUUGUUCCACAGGUCCCUCAGGUCUCGCAAGCUGAACAGCCGGCGGAUAUUGCGCGCAACGCUGCCAUGGAGGGGGUUGAGGAAGAACAUGAGGGUGUUUCCACUCGGUACAAGCUGAGGGCGCGGACUUCUGAGUCGGGACAUUUGUACCCACAGGCGCCGCCUCCAGCUCCAGCAGAACCUGACGAGUCUAUCCCAGAAGAACCAGCCCCACCACCACCCAUCGUAAAACACCAGGGGGGGGAACCCAAAAGCCGCAUUUUGGAAGGGAUACCAUCAUCCAACGGUGUCCAAACCACGGGCUUCGUCAUCGCGGAGCAAGUUUUGGAAAUAGAAGACUGGGAGGUUGCGCCGGGGCGGAUCAGGGAGAUGGACCCCAAAUCCGAUAGCAUUGCCUUUUCCAAGUCUUUUCUUUCGAGCACGCAUGCUGUGGAGGUGUGCGAGGAUGGGGCUUUCCGGGUGGAUGUUAUCAGGAGCCAUCAGACUUUCAAGAUCGAGGGGGAGGAGAACCAGAUCAGGCUGGUGUCACUUGCUUCGGGGAAGUUGAGGGUCAAGAUUGGGGAGGAGCCUGAGUUUGUGAUGGGGCCGCAUGGGAUGUUCAAGGUCAAGGCUGGGGCGGGGUGCACGCUGAGGAAUAGGAUGUAUGUGGAGGCUAUUAUUCAUACGACGGUUUUGAAUGGGUUUUCUUGA